AUGAUGAAAACACCUAAUCUUCAAUAUUUUUCAACAGAAUUCAGUCAUUUUUAUUAUAAUUUCUAUAAUGAUAAUAAAAAUAAAACCAAAACAUUAUUAAGAAAUUUACCAUUGAAAAGACUUAAAUUAACUUAUCUUUGGUCACGAAACAUAUUGAUAAAUCUUUUGAAUAUAAUGCCAAAUUUAUAUUAUUUAAAUAUUGAUGGAUGGAAACUUUAUAUAAGUGGAUAUGAGUGGAAAGAUAUUAUUGUUAAAUACUUACCUAAUCUAAGAAUAUUUCGUUUAAUUAUAUUAUUGGAUUUUAAUAAUAAUAAUAUAGACAAGGAAAAACAAAUCGAUCAAUUAUUAGAAGAAUAUCGUAGUCCAUUUUGGAUUGAAGAACAUCAAUGGUUUAUUGGAUGUCUUUGGACAGAAUCAAUCAAGAACGAAAUGUUUUGUUUGUAUUCAUUACCAUACUCUUUUAGAAGUAUUCCAGGAGGUGUCUCUCCAUUAAUUUAUCGUACUAAAUCGACUAGUCCAUCAGAAAUGAAGUUUGUUUAUGAUCAUGUUCAUGAUCUAUUAUAUGAUUCUUUAGUAUUUAAGAAUACAGAAUUUUCUCAUGUACAAUUUAAUCAUAUAGAAGAACUUGAAAUUGAUUUACCAUUUGAUGAUAAAUUUUUUUCAAUCUGCUUAAACUUAGAUAAUUUAUUAUCACUUAAAUUAUUACAUUUGAAUCAUUAUUCAUCUCAGUUGCAAUCUUUAUUCGAUAAAAUGCCUCGUUUGUUAUCAUUAAAAUUUCAAUCAUGGUCCACAAAAAAAAUGCCUCCAUUCGAUAUUACGUGUCCAUCAGUUCGUUAUCUUGAUCUGCAAGGAAUUGACACCACGCGUAAUCGUCACUGUUUCAAUAUUCGACAAUGUGAAAAGUUAAGCAAGUCACCUCUAGGUAUUCAAUGUCAAGAACUUCAUAUUGAAGUAACAGAUAUACCUAGUAUACUUACACUUGUAUAUAUGAUGAAGAAUCUUCGUACACUUUAUAUUCGAUAUUUUCCUGAUUCACGAAGUCAUCGACCUGAUGUUGUUAAGAUAAUACGACACUAUGCACCAACAACAACUAUCGUUACACGAAAAUAUUAUACAUAUAUAGUCAUUCGAUUGUGA